AUGACCUCCAACACACCCCAGCAGGCCGACACCCGGCUGGAGGCUCCCACGUCGAGCGCCACGGCUAAGAGCCCGCGUCUCGAAGAGAAGUCCUCCCAAGACACCAUCGCCGCCUCCACAACCGAGCCCUUCCCGACAUUCGAGGACAAAGAAGCCGGUGGCAUCCCACGUCCCUCAGACGUCUCAACUGUCGUCACGCCGCGUGCUCACGGCAACCCCUUCGAAACGGACAUUGAGGCAGCAGCAGCCGGUGCCGUCACCUACGACAAGCCCCGCACAAGCGGCAUUUCCAACGUCGGCACCUGGCGCAAGUCGUGUGGCGCGAUCGAGUGUACCACGGGCGGCUCCGACUGCCAGGUUUGGCCGGGACAGGACCACUGGAAGCGCAAGGCCAAGGCGGCGAAGAAGAAGCGCCACACAUGCAAUUGUAUGGCUAACAUGAGCAAGCGCACGAGGGUGGUGGUCAAGAUUCUGAUCUUGCUGCUGAUCGUUGGAUUGGCGGUUGGUGUCGGCUUUGGCGUCAGUAAGCCUCUUGGCGCGGGAAUUUGGAAGAGCUCGACCCAGAACCAGAGGUGA